AUGGUAUUUGGUUUCUUUAUUUAUGGGGCUUUUUUACCAAGAAACUUCUGCACAAUAAGAGCAUUGAAUUUCUGGUCGCAUAGGGCGCUGCUUCAAGGCAUUCAAGAGGUUCAGGGGUUAACCUCUCAGCACAUCCGAGGAAGAUGACCCUUAAGCGGACCACGUCUGUGAGAUAGUCAGGGAAGGGUCACAUUAUCGCACCAGGUGAGAGACGCUGACCAGAAUGGUAAACAGUUUAUUUGGGAUGGUCUGACCUCUUGAAUCAGAAAUGCUCGUUACUUCACCACCUUGGCUUAG